GAAGAUACCGAAAGCGCAAAGCGAAACCAAACAAAAACAAAAAGGCCAAAAAAACAAGAGCGCCGCGUCUCCCUCCGACCGAGCCUGUCGGAGGCCACCACCCGACCACCGUCACCGGCGUGGGGAUCGAUCCCUCCCGGAUCUGCGACGCGCGGCGAGCCCACUAGACCCCGCUGCAUCAGCACUGGGGUGGGGACGGGGUCCCCAUCGAUCGGCUUUUGUGGGGGUUUAGUUUGGAUUGGUCCUCGCGGAUCCAUUUUGUUUCGGAUUUUUUGGUCCCCCAGCGGGGCUAGACUGCCGGCGUGUUUGUCCCGGAGGAGGGGAUGGAUUUGGCGUCGGUCAACGAGGAGCUCGCGGAGAUCGACGGACAGAUCGCCGAUAUCUUCCGCACAUUGCAAAAUGGGUUCCAAAAGCUUGACAAGAUCAAGGAUGCCAACCGCCGGAGCAGACAGCUCGAAGAGCUUACUGACAAGAUGCGAGAUUGCAAAAGACUUAUCAAAGACUUUGAACGAGUUGUCAAAGAUGAGGCAGGCCGUACUGAUCAAGAGACUGCUAAAGCGCUGAAUGAUAAAAAGCAGUCACUGAUCAAGGAGUUGAACUCUUAUGUUGCUCUAAAGAAACAACAUGCAAGCGAAAACAAGCGAGUUGAUCUUUUUGAUGGUCCAAGCGUUGAAGAUGGAUUUGGUGAAGAAAAUGCCAUGUUAGCAUCAAAUAUGUCAAACCAGCAGCUGAUGGACCAUGGAGGCCAUCUAAUGGAUGAGACUGAUCAGGCUCUCGCACGAUCUAAGCAGACCGUCCAAGAGACGAUCAAUGUGGGUACAGAAACUGCAGCUGCUCUUAAAGCACAGACGGAGCAAAUGAGCAGGGUUGUUAAUGAGCUUGAUUCGAUCCAUUUCUCCUUGAAAAAGGCAUCAAAAUUGGUGAAAGAAAUUGGUAGGCAGGUUGCAACUGAUCGUUGCAUCAUGGCCUUGCUUUUUCUCAUUGUAAUCGGAGUCAUAGCUGUAAUCAUUGUUAAGAUUGUAAACCCACAUAACAAGGACAUUCCUGACAUUCCCGGACUCGCUCCACCGGUUAGCAGAAGGCUAUUGAGUAUUGUAGAGAACAAGUGAGUUUCGCACAUCUGUAAAAAAGAAAAUUGAUGAGGCGCCUUCUGCAGUCGCGUGAAGUAUUAUUUUGGGCGUAUUGUUGUAAACUUUGUUUCGUGUGUGGUGUUGUAAACUUGUAACGCCACACCCACAGGAAUCCAUGUACCAAACCAAACACACUGUAAAAUUGUAUGUUCUUAUUCUCCUGACAAGAAAGCAGGUUGAGGUUAAUUUGUUUUUGCAAAAAACAUUUCCUCUGUGAACAUUCAUUCA